AUGGCCACACAGCCUGCGAAGGAUGACCAGGGGGGUGGAGGGGUGGGGAGCGGGGUGUGGGGGGAGCGGGGGGCACAGCCAGGUGCGUGUUAUGAGCUCCAGGGCAGCGACCCAGUCCAUUUGUCCUUUUCGAAGUAUGGCCUGGGAGAUCUCCCAUCCAGCCAUACGCUGCCCAGGACUGGCUCAACACCUCCCACCCACCACCGCUGGUUCACCCAUGACACGUCACCUCCCACCCGCCACUACUGGCUCACCUGUAACACCCCAGGCAGCUCAGAUGCCCAGCAGGUCCUGCUGGUGAGAGGGAGGCCGCAACCUGUCCUGUCUGGGACCUGGGCAUUGCUGGGCGCCGGAGGGACCUGGGACCUCAACCACACUGGGAGCUGGCCUGUCGUACAGGCGGUGCCUGGCAGAUGUGGACGGGCUCUGCAGGCUCCUGGUGGCCCACCCCUGCCUUCUUGCCAUCCCUCCUGGGAGUCUCCUGGCCAAGGAGGACUCAAAGCCUGCCCCACCUGUGCCCAGGGCUCAGUGUGUCUCCCUUCAGCGGGGCUCUGCUCUCUCCCCGCCUGCUUCCCCUCCAGCUCCCGGGCUCUGCCCCAGCAUCCCCCCGAGCCUCUCCCAUUCCUGGCCCCAGCCAGGACAGGGAUCCCAGAGGUUGCCUUCACCAGCCCAGCACCUUGCCUGGUGGAUCACCACUCCUGUCUCCUGCUGCUCUGCCCCUUGCCCCCGGCCUGGGAAACCUGGGAGGACCCUCAGGGAGGGUCAGGGAUGUGUGAUGCCAGCGGAAGGCCGACGAGUUUCCUGGCAGGAAGCACACUGCACAGGGAGCCUGCCGCCAUGCUGCUAUCUUCAUGUCCCUGUGGGGCCGCAGGGAGGGAUGCCUAG